AUGGCGGCUACAGUUCCGGCACCGGCGACAGCCGCUUUAGUUCCAACGGCGGCGAUUCCUCCUUCGACGGGCUCUGUGGCCACUGGAGGCGGGUUUUUGAGUUCCUCAUUGUAUGUAGGCGAUCUGGACCAGAGCGUGAACGAGGGACAGCUUUUGGAACUGUUCGGCCAAGUGGCUCAGGUUGUCUCAAUUAGGGUUUGCAGGGAUCAGACGCGCAGGCAAUCGCUUGGAUAUGCUUAUGUUAAUUUUAGCAGCCAUCAGGAUGCUGUCAAUGCCAUGGAACAUUUGAAUUUUACCCCUGUUAACGGGAAGCCUAUCAGGAUUAUGAUCUCUAAUCGAGAUCCUAGCAUCCGAAAAAGUGGCUAUGCAAAUGUUUUUAUCAAAAAUCUGGACACGUCAAUUGAUAACAAGGCAUUACAUGAUGCAUUUGCUAGUUUUGGUACUGUUCUUUCUUGUAAAGUUGCUGUUGAUAGCAAUGGUCAAUCAAAAGGUUAUGGAUUUGUGCAAUUUGAAAAUGAGGAAUCAGCCGAAAGUUCCAUCGUAAGGUUGAAUGGCAUGCUAAUCAAUGAUAAGCAAGUUUAUGUUGGACCAUUUAUUCGACACCAAGAAAGGAUUCGAGCAAAUGGAUCGCAGUUUACUAAUGUUUAUGUGAAAAACUUACCAGAAACUACCACGGAUGAUGACCUAAAAAAUCUUUUUGCUGCACAUGGUACCAUUACUAGUGCAAUUGUCAUGACAGAUUCAAAUGGGAAGUCCAAAUGUUUUGGUUUUGUGAACUUCCAGAACACAGACUCUGCUGCUGCUGCAGUUGAAAAGUUGAACGGUACCAUCCUUGGUGAUGACAGGAUUUUGUAUGUAGGUAGGGCUCAAAGGAAAGCAGAAAGGGAAGCCGAGUUGAAAGCAAAAUUUGAACAGGAAAGGAAGAGUAGAUUUGAAAAAUUACAAGGUGCUAAUUUGUACAUCAAAAAUCUUGAUGACCAUAUUGAUGAUGAGAAGCUUAAAGAGUUAUUCUCUGAGUAUGGAACAAUCACAUCAUGCAAGGUUAUGCUUGACCAACAUGGAUUGAGCAAGGGGUCUGGUUUUGUUGCCUUUUCUUCACCAGAUGAAGCAACCAGAGCCUUAAGUGAAAUGAAUGGAAAGAUGAAAGGAAGGAAGCCUCUGUAUGUGGCUGUUGCCCAGCGCAAGGAAGAAAGAAAGGCUCGACUGCAGGCACAGUUUGCUCAAAUGCGAGCAACUGGCGGAAUAUCACCUUUGCCUUCCGGAAUGCCAGGAUUUCAUCCAGGGGCACCGCGAGUUUCACCUCAGCAGGUGUAUUUUGGUCAGGGAAACCCUGGGCUAGUGCCCCCACAGCCUGCUGGAUAUGGCUUCCAGCCUCAACUCAUGAGCGGGAUGCGACCUGGCAUGGGCCCUAACUUCCUCAUGCCUUACCAGUAUCAGAGGCAAGGACAGCCCGGGCCACGCUCAGGGAUGAGACGAGGUGGAAAUUCACAACCUGUACAGCAGCAGCAGUUACUGCUCCGUGGCUCUGGGCAAGGCUUUAGAUACAUGAACAAUGCACGAAAUGGAUUAGAGCCGUCCGUCCUGCCCCAAGGUCUUGUUGGUCCAAUGAUGCCUCUAGCAUUUGAUAGUUCUGGAGUGUCUAGCUCCCCAAUAGACAUUCAGCGAUCGAGGGCUGUGCCUACUUCAACACUCGCUUCUGCAUUAGCUUCUGCUACUCCGGAAAACCAGCGUGUGAUGCUCGGCGAGCAACUGUAUCCACUUGUGGAACGUCUCGAGCCCAGUCAUGCAGCAAAGGUUACUGGAAUGCUGCUAGAGAUGGACCAACCAGAGGUGCUUCAUCUCAUCGAGUCACCUGAUGACUUGAAGAGUAAGGUGGCCGAGGCAAUGGAAGUCCUCCGCAAAGCUUCGUCAGAACCCGAGCUUUCUGAUCAGCUUGGUGCAUUGGCCCUGACCAAAUGAACAAAGACUGAAAAAGAGAGCACGGGUUCCCUGACAUUCAAUUUUCCUUAGAACAUUCUUUAUUCCGCAUGGUGAACAUAUUUUUAUGGUUGGAUUUUAUCCUUUUUUUUCCUUUUCCUUUUAACUUCUCUCCUUAAAUUAACUCUUAGGGUAUUUAAAAAAAAAUAGGGCUGCAUUAUUUUUUUAAAUUCUAGUUUUGGAUACUUUAGAAUUUUGGUACUGAGGACAUGUUUUUUUCUUUUUUGUCAAGUUUUCUAAUUGCCGUCGAGCCUCGAGUCUUGAGAAUUUUGUUCGGUUUUUGUUAGACCAAUGAUGACACAUUUGUUAUCUAACCUGUGACGCACAGUUUCUUUUGGGA